GCGCACUUGGCUUCUCACUUUUUUUUUUUUUUAAUCCCCGCACCAAGCGCUUAACCUCAUUGGGGUGGAGGAGAAGGCGGUGGCUGUCCGGUCCGCAGCCGCAACAGUAGUGAAUAAUAGAGCUAAUGGACUGCUGAAUUAUGAAGUAUUCCAGACCCAGUUGUAGAUCGUCACUCCGCCACUCUCUCCUUUAUCGCCUACUGGUUAUUUAAAUUGGACUUUUAAUAUCCUACCAGCUGCUCUUCAGACACACAUGGUGCAUUGCUGCCAUUCCCGGGAUUGCAUCUUUGAAACACACUCUCUUAGUAGCCUUCAGCAAACAAAGAGGCCACCUCCCGGCACGGCUGGCUACCGGGAGGGAGUCAUCCUGACUGCCCUCUAGCCUCGGCCGGGUCUGGAUUUGAAUCCUACCAUGGAACCUCGAAUGGAAUCCUGUCUGGCUCAGGUGCUGCAGAAGGAUGUGGGGAAACGGCUGCAGGUUGGCCAGGAACUCAUAGACUAUUUCUCAGACAAGCAGAAGUCCGCUGACCUCGAGCAUGACCAGACCAUGUUAGAUAAGCUUGUGGAUGGACUCGCUACCUCUUGGGUGAACUCUAGCAAUUACAAGGUGGUUCUCCUGGGCAUGGACAUCCUGUCGGCUCUGGUGACAAGGCUGCAGGACCGAUUCAAGGCGCAAAUCGGCACAGUGUUGCCAAGUCUAAUAGACAGACUGGGAGAUGCUAAGGACUCCGUGAGGGAGCAAGACCAAACCCUGCUGCUAAAGAUCAUGGAUCAAGCUGCUAACCCCCAGUAUGUGUGGGACAGAAUGCUCGGAGGCUUCAAACACAAGAACUUCCGCACGAGAGAGGGCAUCUGCCUCUGCCUUAUCGCAACACUCAAUGCCUCUGGGGCCCAGACUCUAACACUAAGCAAGAUCGUGCCACAUAUAUGUAACUUACUGGGAGAUCCCAACAGCCAGGUUCGAGAUGCAGCAAUAAACAGUCUGGUGGAGAUCUAUAGACAUGUAGGCGAACGUGUGAGGGCAGACCUCAGUAAAAAAGGCCUGCCACAGUCUCGGUUGAAUGUCAUUUUUACAAAGUUCGAUGAAGUCCAAAAGUCUGGAAAUAUGAUACAGUCUGCAAAUGAUAAAAAUUUUGAUGAUGAGGAUUCUGUGGAUGGAAACAGGCCUUCUUCUGCCAGCUCCUCCUCGUCCAAGGCGCCGUCAAGUUCCCGGAGGCACGUCAGCACGGGGACCACCCGUAGGCUUGUGUCGUCCAGUCUCGGAUCUAAGUCUUCAGCUGCAAAAGAAGGUGCUGGUGCUGUGGAUGAAGAGGACUUUAUUAAAGCCUUUGAUGAUGUGCCUGUGGUGCAGAUUUAUUCCAGCCGGGACCUCGAGGAAUCCAUAAACAAAAUUAGAGAAAUCCUGUCAGAUGACAAGCAUGACUGGGAGCAGAGAGUAAAUGCUCUAAAAAAGAUUAGAUCAUUACUCUUGGCUGGGGCUGCUGAGUACGAUAGCUUCUUUCAACACUUGCGUCUUCUGGACGGAGCCUUUAAACUCUCGGCUAAGGACCUGCGGUCUCAGGUAGUGCGGGAAGCUUGUAUCACCUUGGGGCAUCUGUCAUCAGUUCUGGGAAAUAAGUUUGAUCAUGGAGCUGAAGCCAUCAUGCCAACUAUCUUUAAUUUAAUCCCAAACAGUGCCAAAAUCAUGGCUACUUCUGGUGUCGUAGCCGUGAGGCUAAUCAUCCGGCACACUCACAUCCCUCGGCUAAUCCCUGUCAUAACAAGCAACUGUACCUCUAAGUCUGUGGCAGUUAGAAGGCGCUGUUUUGAAUUUUUAGAUUUACUUUUACAAGAAUGGCAGACACAUUCACUAGAAAGACACAUAUCAGUAUUAGCUGAAACGAUAAAGAAAGGAAUUCAUGAUGCCGAUUCUGAAGCAAGAAUAGAAGCCAGGAAAUGCUACUGGGGUUUCCACAGUCACUUCAGCCGAGAAGCAGAGCACUUGUACCACACUUUGGAGUCCUCCUACCAGAAGGCCUUGCAGUCCCACUUGAAGAACUCGGACAGCAUUGUAUCUCUGCCCCAGUCGGACCGAUCCUCUUCCAGCUCUCAAGAGAGCCUCAACCGGCCGCUUUCUGCCAAAAGAAGUCCCACUGGCAGCACCACGUCCAGAGGCUCUACAGUUAGUACCAAAUCUGUGUCAACGACAGGAUCCCUCCAGCGGUCUCGGAGCGAUAUUGACGUGAACGCCGCAGCCAGUGCCAAAUCCAAAGUCUCCUCGUCCUCAGGAUCCACCGCCUUCAGCUCUGCAGCAGCAUUGCCUCCAGGGUCCUAUGCAUCCUUAGAGUCCAGACACAUGAGGGAAGACUUGGAGUACGUAGGCCUGGAUGCAGGUCGGAUCCGCACAAGACGGCAAAGCUCGGGGAGCGCCACCAAUGUUGCCUCCACACCCUCGGAUAGUCGGGGCCGCAGUCGCGCCAAAGUGGUUUCACAGUCUCAGCGAUCCAGAUCUGCUAACCCUGCUGGUGCUGGCAGCCGGUCAAGCUCCCCUGGGAAGCUGUUGGGAAGUGGCUAUGGUGGACUUGCUGGGGGUUCCUCGCGAGGCCCACCUGUGACACCGUCUUCUGAAAAACGAAGCAAGAUUCCCAGGAGUCAGGGAUGUAGCCGAGAAACAAGCCCUAACCGGAUUGGAUUAGCACGGAGCAGCCGUAUCCCUCGACCCAGCAUGAGUCAGGGGUGCAGCCGCGAUACCAGCCGUGAGAGCAGCCGCGAUACAAGCCCUGCUCGGGGCUUCACUCCACUCGCCUCUCGACGUCAUUCCAGGUCCACUAGUGCCCUCUCCACUGCUGAUUCUGUUGGGCAGUCAGAUCGGUUUGGCCUGAGCCAGUCAGGAAGAAUCCCUGGUUCCGUGAACGCCAUGCGAGUGUUGAGUACCAGCACAGACCUGGAAGCUGCGGUGGCUGACGCUCUGCUGUUAGGAGACGCCAGGAGCAAGAAGAAGCCUGUGAGAAGGAGGUACGAACCCUAUGGGAUGUACUCUGAUGAUGACGCCAACAGUGACGCCUCCAGUGUGUGCUCCGAGCGCUCAUAUGGCUCCAGGAAUGGUGGCAUCCCUCAUUAUCUGCGGCAGACUGAGGACGUAGCGGAAGUUCUCAACCACUGUGCUAGUUCUAACUGGUCAGAAAGGAAAGAGGGGCUCCUGGGCCUACAGAACUUACUGAAGAGCCAAAGAACACUGAGUCGAGUAGAACUGAAGAGACUUUGUGAGAUUUUCACCCGAAUGUUUGCCGACCCUCACAGCAAGGUUUUCAGUAUGUUUUUGGAAACCCUCGUGGAUUUUAUAAUCAUUCAUAAGGAUGACUUGCAAGACUGGCUCUUUGUCCUCCUCACACAACUACUGAAGAAAAUGGGAGCAGACUUACUUGGAUCUGUGCAAGCGAAAGUUCAGAAGGCACUAGAUGUCACCAGGGACUCCUUUCCAUUUGAUCAACAAUUCAACAUUCUGAUGAGAUUCAUUGUGGAUCAGACUCAAACUCCAAACCUCAAGGUCAAAGUCGCAAUCCUGAAAUACAUCGAGUCUCUGGCCCGACAAAUGGACCCCACGGAUUUUGUAAACUCCAGCGAAACAAGACUUGCUGUUUCUCGAAUCAUAACGUGGACUACAGAACCAAAGAGUUCAGACGUGAGAAAGUCCCAGCAUCAGCGUAGUCGAGCAGGGGAAGAUGUCUCUAGUAGGUCAGUUCCCACCUGCUCUGGGCCUGGAGAAGGAAACUUGGAAGAAGGUUGUAAACAGGCAGCACAGAUUGUGCUCAUCUCUCUGUUUGAAUUGAACACCCCUGAAUUUACCAUGUUACUUGGUGCCUUGCCAAAAACAUUCCAGGAUGGUGCCACCAAACUCCUGCAUAACCACCUCAAGAACUCCAGUAACACUGGUGUGGGAUCUCCAAGCAAUACAAUUGGCCGGACGCCUUCCCGACACCCCAGCAGCAGGACCAGCCCCCUGACCUCACCCACCAACUGUUCCCAUGGGGGACUAUCUCCAAGUCGGUUGUGGGGUUGGAGUGCCGAUGGGCUAUCGAAGCCCCCACCUUCCUUUUCUCAGCCUAACUCCAUUCCCACCGCUCCCUCCCACAAGACUCUCAGGCGCUCUUACUCUCCCAGCAUGCUGGACUAUGACACCGAGAACCUGAACUCUGAAGAAAUCUACAGCUCUUUGCGUGGAGUUACAGAAGCCAUUGAAAAGUUCAGCUUCCGCAGCCAGGAGGAUCUAAAUGAGCCAAUUAAGCGAGAUGGCAAGAAGGAUUGUGACAUCGUGUCCCGAGACGGGGGAGCAGCCUCUCCUGCCACCGAGGGCCGUGGAGGUGGCGAGGUGGAAGGAGGCAGGACAGCUUUGGACAACAAGACCUCCCUGCUCAACACGCAGCCUCCACGUGCCUUUCCAGGGCAAAGAGCACGGGAGUACAACCCAUAUCCCUACUCGGACACCAUCAACACCUAUGACAAGACGGCUCUGAAGGAGGCAGUGUUUGACGAUGACAUGGAGCAGCUCCGAGAUGUGCCCAUUGACCACUCGGACCUGGUGGCUGACCUGCUGAAAGAGCUGUCUAACCACAACGAGCGUGUGGAGGAGAGGAAGGGAGCACUGCUGGAGCUGCUCAAGAUCACCAGGGAGGACAGCCUGGGCGUGUGGGAGGAGCACUUCAAGACCAUCCUGCUGCUGCUGCUGGAGACGCUUGGAGACAAAGACCAUUCCAUUCGAGCCCUGGCACUGAGAGUUUUACGGGAGAUUCUGAGAAACCAGCCAGCAAGAUUCAAAAACUACGCCGAACUGACGAUCAUGAAGACCCUGGAGGCCCACAAAGACUCCCACAAAGAGGUGGUACGAGCGGCUGAGGAAGCCGCAUCCACGUUAGCCAGCUCAAUCCACCCAGAGCAGUGCAUCAAAGUGCUGUGUCCAAUCAUCCAGACGGCCGACUACCCCAUCAACCUGGCUGCCAUCAAGAUGCAGACAAAAGUGGUGGAGAGGAUCACCAAGGAGUCGUUGCUGCAGCUCCUUGUAGACAUUAUCCCAGGCCUGCUGCAGGGUUACGACAACACUGAGAGCAGUGUACGGAAGGCCAGCGUGUUUUGCUUAGUGGCAAUCUAUUCCGUAAUCGGAGAAGAUCUGAAACCUCACCUCGCACAGCUCACGGGGAGCAAGAUGAAGCUGCUGAACUUAUAUAUAAAGAGGGCCCAGACCACCAACAGCAACAGCAGCUCCUCCUCUGAUGUGUCCACACACAGCUAGUGGCCGUGCCAGUCUGUGCAGAACACACAUUGGGGGUGCCUCUGAGAAGCCCCAUCAGCUGCCUAGUCCACUCGAGGAGGCCGCAUAUAAUUUAUUACAAUCAGUAUUUUGGUCCCUUCCAGCUUCUGUGUAGAAUUUUGCUGGUAUUGAAUGUAACGGAAGCAAGGCCUGUUAUGCAGUCUCCUUAGAAACGAAAGGACUGAGAAGUAAAGAGCCAUACUGACACGUGUCUUGCACCACCUGCUGACAUCACCAAACAAACCAUGGAGGGCACAGUUCUUAGGAACCAGAGCUGUUUAGCCAGUGCUCGGUACACAGUAGCAGAUUUUUCUCAAUGCGUACAGACUUGGGGGGUGGUUUGGGGUAUUGCUGUGUGUUCUUUAUGCUUCAGUUUUUAGAGUGUGGUCAGAUGGGACAAGAAGCCCUGCCCCCCACCUGUUUUCCACCUGACACU